AUGUCAAUGAUUUUCUUCCUUAUAGGAGUGCCUGACGAAAAUCCAAAGUCUUCAUCAAAGAGUAACACCGGAGUCAUUAUUGGAACCGUGGCAGCAGCAGUGAUUGUUAUAGUCGCGGCAAUUUUCAUUGUCGGUUGCUUUCUCUUUGGAAGACUAAAAAAACAAAGAAGGCGAGACAUUGGUCCCAUUCAAAAUGCUGCUUAUGAAGGUGACAGACAUGCAGACAUAAUGCCGCAGGUAUUUCAUUCUGAAAGUAGACCACCAGCCUAUUCUGAAAUUGGGCUGCCACAAGUAUUCUAUUCCCAAAGUGAUUAUGGGCAACCAGCAAAAUAUCACAGUUCCACGACGGUGUCGAUUGGUGCAAAUUUUCAAAGCGCAAAUGAAGCAUAUCCCAACCAACAUCACAGAGCUCACAACGAAAAUGCCCAACGUGAUGCUCCACACAACUUGAAUAGCAAUCCAGCAAACGAAUCUAUGUACGAAGAAGUAUCCUAG